UUUUUGGGCCGCCACCAUCUUCUUCCUCUCCUUUUUCACUCACAGCCUAAGGAAUAUUCAGCGAUUUAUUCAUUGGCCCGCAAGGCUCACCCGUCUCUGGUCUCUAACAUGAACCAUGCCGGCACCAUCGCCGACGACAUCCUCCUGGCUUUUUUGUCCGUUUCUCUCAUCAUCUUCAGCAUCCUACUCAUCAUCAUUUGCAGGAAGAAACCGAUCGAGUCCGAAGAAACCCUCCCCGUUAAGCCUUCUGCACAGGCUUACUCUUUAACAGAUGUCGACGCUGCCACCGACGGCUUCAACCACGGGAGAAUUAUUGGCAAAGGCCGCCUUGGAACCGUGUAUGCAGCCAUCAUGGCAAGAGGGGAGCUAGUCGCUGUAAAGCGAAUCCAUCCUCGGCUCGUACUGAGCAACGCUGGUUUCGGGUUUUCCUCCAUCGUCAAGUCUCUCUCUUUGGCUGACCAUCCCAACAUAGUGCCCAUAGUAGGGUUCUCGCAGGCCCCAGGGGAGAGAAUUAUCCUAACGGAGUUUGUCGACACCGUGAGCUUGGACUUCUACUUGCAUCAAAACUCCGACGGCGAGUGGCUUUUGGACUGGGAACGGCGGCUGAGGAUCGCCGCCGGGGCUGCCCGAGGGCUUGAGUACCUGCACGAGGGGGUGGCGCCCCAUAUUGUUCAUGGGUGCGUGAAGGCUUCGAACAUCUUGAUCGAUGUGAGGUUUUGUGCUAGGGUUUGUGACUUUGGGCUGUCUUUUUUGGUACCCCAAGGGAAGGGAGGGGAAGGGGCUUGCAAGGAAGGUGAUGUUUAUGCAUUUGGGUUGGUGUUGUUGGAGCUUUUGAGUGGGAGGAGAAGUAGUGAGGAAGGGUUCUUGCUGGUGGAGUGGGCACUGCCAUUGAUUAAGACAAUGAAGUACGGGGAAUUUUUGGACCCAAGACUUGUGAUUCCUUCCAACAUGAAUCCCCUUGUUAGAUUGGCCAAAGUUGCUUCAGCUUGCGUUGGAAAUUCAAGGACGAACAGGCCUUCCGUUGUUCAAGUGGCAGCUAUUUUGAACAAUUUGGAGGUGGAGAUAUGUGUUCGAUAAUAUUGUUGAAUACCAUUAAUUAUAAUUAACCCCUCCUAUUGUAAAUUUGUAAUAUUUUUUGCUGAAAUUAAAAGUUUGAUCCAGAAACCAUAUCGAGGAGCUGGUGAUUAUGAAAGUAUGUUGUCAUAUAAUAUAUGUUGGUUUUUGUUCGUGAAGAUUACAAUUUUGUUCCCGAUUUGAGUAAGGUGAUUUUUGACCUUA